CCUAGCGAAGUCGGGGACCAGCCGGGGACCAGCCGGGCAUCGGACUCUGCUGCGGCGCCGCGCGAGCUUCCGGCCGGGCCCUGGGCGGCCGCUGCGCGCCGGGCGCUCUCAAGUUUCCGGCCUCAGGUGCGGCGCCGGCUUCUUCCCUGCGGACGCGGCCGCCCUCCUCCCGCUGGGCCAGCCCGGGGUCGGCGGAAGCUCGGGCAGCGGCCGCGCCGCAAAGCACCCCUCGGAACCCGUAGCUCCUGCAUCUGCCGCGGGGCGCGCCGCAGGUUCCGCAGAGCGCCGGGUUGGGGGCGCGGCCUGGUCCCUCCCGGGGCCCGGCGGGCUGGAGAGCCCCGGCAGCCCAGCUCCGCAGCUCUUGGUAAGCGCCGGCUCAGCAGUCACCUGCGCUCCGCGGCAUGGCCCUGUCCUCUGAGCCUGCCGAGAUGCCGCGUCAAUUCCCCAAGCUGAACAUCUCUGAAGUGGACGAGCAAGUUCGGCUCCUGGCUGAGAAGGUGUUUGCCAAAGUACUCCGAGAAGAGGACAGCAAGGAUGCCUUGUCCCUUUUCACCGUCCCAGAGGACUGCCCCAUUGGGCAGAAGGAAGCCAAGGAGAGGGAGCUGCAGAAGGAGCUGGCUGAGCAGAAGUCUGUGGAGACGGCCAAAAGAAAGAAAAGCUUCAAGAUGAUUCGAUCCCAGUCCCUGUCUCUGCAAAUGCCAACACAACAAGAUUGGAAGGCCCCACCAACAGCCAGUCCAGCCAUGUCUCCUGCAACCCCUGUGGUCUCUGGAGCUGUUUCCCAGCCUGCGCCAGUGCCCUAUGCCAUGCCUGAGUACCAGCGGGUCACCAUCAGCGGAGAUUACUGUGCCGGGAUCACCGUGGAGGACUACGAGCAGGCUGCCAAGAGCCUGGCCAAGGCUCUGAUGAUCCGGGAGAAGUAUGCACGGCUGGCCUACCAUCGCUUCCCACGGACCACGGCCCAGUACCUGGGCCAUCAGCGGGCUGAUGUCCCCCCACCUGAAGAUGGCCUCCCAGACUUUCACCCUCCCCCACUGCCCCAAGAGGACCCUUACUGCCUGGAUGACGCACCCCCGAACCUGGGCUACUUGGUCCGCAUGCAGGGGGGCAUCCUGUUCGUGUAUGAUGACAAGAAGAUGCUGGAGCGCCAGGAGCCGCACAGCCUGCCCUACCCUGACCUGGAGACCUACACGGUGGACAUGAGCCACAUCCUGGCUCUCAUCACCGAUGGCCCCACGAAAACCUACUGCCACCGGCGACUGAACUUCCUGGAAUCCAAGUUCAGCCUUCAUGAGAUGUUAAAUGAAAUGUCUGAAUUCAAAGAGUUGAAGAGUAAUCCCCACCGAGACUUCUAUAACGUGAGAAAGGUGGACACGCACAUCCAUGCUGCAGCCUGCAUGAACCAGAAGCACCUGCUGCGCUUCAUCAAGCACACAUACCAGACGGAGCCCGACAGGACCGUGGCCGAGAAGCGAGGCCGCAAGAUCACCCUGCGGCAGGUGUUUGACAGUCUGCACAUGGACCCCUACGACCUCACUGUGGACUCACUGGACGUGCACGCAGGCCGGCAGACAUUCCACCGCUUUGACAAGUUCAACUCCAAAUACAACCCUGUGGGGGCCAGCGAGCUGCGUGACCUGUAUUUGAAAACGGAAAACUACUUGGGAGGAGAGUACUUUGCUCGGAUGGUCAAGGAGGUGGCCCGGGAGCUGGAGGAGAGCAAGUACCAGUACUCGGAGCCGCGACUCUCCAUCUAUGGCCGCAGUCCCGAGGAGUGGCCCAACCUGGCCCGCUGGUUCAUCCAACACAAGGUCUACUCGCCCAACAUGCGCUGGAUCAUCCAGGUCCCUCGCAUCUAUGACAUAUUUAGGUCGAAGAAACUGCUGCCAAAUUUUGGGAAGAUGCUGGAGAACAUCUUCCUGCCUCUCUUCAAGGCCACGAUCAACCCCCAAGAUCACCGAGAGCUGCACCUCUUCCUGAAAUAUGUGACGGGAUUUGACAGCGUGGAUGAUGAGUCCAAGCACAGCGACCACAUGUUCUCAGACAAGAGCCCCAGCCCAGACAUCUGGACCAGUGAGCAGAACCCGCCCUACAGCUACUACCUGUAUUACAUGUAUGCCAACAUCAUGGUGCUCAACAACCUGCGCAGGGAGCGAGGGCUCAGCACCUUCCUCUUCCGGCCCCACUGUGGGGAGGCCGGCUCGAUCACCCACCUCGUUUCUGCCUUCCUCACUGCUGACAACAUCUCCCAUGGGCUGCUCCUCAAAAAGAGCCCGGUGCUGCAGUAUCUCUACUACCUGGCCCAGAUCCCCAUCGCCAUGUCCCCGCUCAGCAACAACAGUCUGUUCCUGGAGUACUCCAAGAACCCCCUGAGGGAGUUCCUGCACAAGGGACUGCAUGUGUCACUGUCCACGGAUGACCCCAUGCAGUUCCACUACACGAAGGAAGCCCUGAUGGAAGAAUAUGCCAUUGCAGCUCAAGUGUGGAAGCUGAGUACAUGUGACCUGUGUGAGAUCGCCCGCAACAGUGUGCUGCAGAGUGGCCUCUCACAUCAGGAAAAGCAGAAGUUCCUGGGACAAAACUAUUACAAAGAAGGCCCUGAGGGCAAUGACAUUCGGAAGACAAACGUGGCUCAGAUCCGGAUGGCGUUCCGCUACGAGACUUUGUGCAAUGAGCUCAGCUUCCUGUCCGAUGCCAUGAAGUCAGAGGAGAUCACAGCCUUUGCCAAAUAAGGCCCGGCCCCCUUGGCGUGCAUCCUAACGCUCGGUUCUGUUUCAGGUUUGCUGUGGCCAAACAGUGGUCAAGACACCAAUGAGGGCUUUCCUCCCUGAAGAGGAGGCCUCUAGAGAGAUGUCCAGCGUAUGAUUCUGGCUGCCCUGUUUUUAAGAGCUAACCCACCUAUUUCUGAUGCUAUUUCUGCCUAAGAGAUGGCAGCUUCUCAGACAGUCCAGGAGCUGGGCACUUGUCUAUACUUGUUGCUGAUUUUCGAAAUAUUUCUCUUGAAACCACUGGGGCGUGAAUGAUUGGGGCCAGGCUUUUCCACAGUCUGAUGCCAAGGGACAUGAGAUCUGUGUGGUUUGCUGCCACAUGCUCCCCUUCAGGCCCUGCAGGCUAACUGGAAAUUGUUCCUUUCAGCCUCUUGCUGGCUGCCUUAAAAGCAGUUUCAAAGCUCCCUUUCAUAAAGGGACCACUUGGAGAGAAUGAAAAUAGAAGAUUCCCUCCUUAAAAUUUUUUUUUUUAAAUUUCCUAAAUUGCUUUUACACAUGCCUCCACCCUUGCUCCCAGCUCGGAAGCCAAAGGAAUGCGCUGAAGCGGUCAUUCCUAUUCCAGGCACCCACUUC